UUCUUGCAAUGGAGCAUACUGGCAUUGAAUUAAUUCUCCCAGAAAUCAAUAAAUGGACAGAGAAAGAAAAACAUUCCUUUUUUAUCGUGUCACGUGAUCCCUAUAAGAGCAUUGAUUACAUAAUUUCUACGUUCAUCAAUUUGCCAAACGUCUCCAGAGUGCUAGAGAGCUGUUUUGUGAUAUUACCGAUUGUGCCAAACAUUUUCUUCGAGCAGACAUUCACCAACUAUAAAGAAUCUUUUAGCGACAUUUCGUCAAUAAUCGCACAAGGUUACAAGAAAUCACUCCAAUUGGGGAGCACAGGGUUUGACAGUGCCAGUAUAACAUAUCACUCAAAAACAAGCACAUUUCUAAACGAGAAUCGAACGUUGAAAUUCAUGCCAUUGGAAGGUGAAAGAUAUUUGGACUUUGGGUUGUUUGACUAUGAUCCAGUCACAAAUACUUUCAAAUUAGCACGAUAUUUGACGGUUAAUAAUGAGGGAUCUUGGGAGCAUAUUUCCAUAAAGGAAAUAUUGUGGCCAGGGAACAACGUUCUACAACCUGACAAAUGUUUCCAUGACGAUUCUUGCUCCAGUGAUUCUGGUAAUAUUCUUUUACUAUCAGUAUUUUCAAUGAAAGUUACAAAAAAGGCUAUUAAAAUGUCAACAUGGAUACUAAAGGUAACAGUAGAAAGUAUGUGUGAAGAGGAACAUAUCUGUAUGUACUAUUUAGGUAACAGUAGAAAGAGGAAGCAUGCAGACAGAUUGAUGACAAAAGGUCCGAAUAAAAUUAUUUUCCAGCUUUCAGAUUUGACAUUUUUACAUAGAAAAAACAUAAAAUCAGCAAAACUUGAUAAUUUGAGUCAGAGAGGAGGAGUAUUCAGUGAUAAGCCAGACAUUGUUAAAGGUUCAGAGAAAGCCAACAACCGGUCAAUGGUGUCUUUACAUGAGUUAUCAGAAUUCUCAGAGAUCGCCAGAUAUAAGGGAGAUAUUGUAUACGUCAAAGAAAUAUCUACAAAAGGGUUUGAAGUUUCAGGGAAGAUGUUGGCGCAAUUUAGAACUCUUCGUGAAAUAAGACACGAAAAUGUGAAUCCGAUGUAUGGCAUUCUUAUUGAUCCAACAUGUUAUGCUGUUGUUUCAGAAUAUUGUAAUAGGGGAAGCUUACAGGAUGUGAUCAAAAGUGCGAACAUCAAACUGGACUGGGAUUUUAAAGUGUCCUUAUUAACAGACCUAGUAAGGGGAUUACGAUUUAUUCAAAAUAGUGCUGUACGAUAUCAUGGUAACUUAAAAUCCAGGAACUGUGUAAUCGACAGUAGAUGGGUGCUAAAAUUAACAGAUUUCGGCUUAAAGGAAAAGUUCAGAGCCAAUAUCGAGCCGGAAUUGGCAGAUCUUCUUUGGACAGCUCCGGAACAUCUAAGAGAACCAGGUUAUUGUAUGAAAGGCUCUGAAAAAGGCGAUAUGUAUAGUUUUGCUAUAGUAACUCAGGAAUUAAUACUUAGAAUGAGUCCAUUUGGAAUGAUAGAUUUAAAACGAGAAGAAAUAAUAAAGAAAUUGAAGAAACCUCCACCGUUACUGCGACCAUCCGUAUCUCCACAGGCAGCGCCGCCACAAUAUAUACAAUUGAUGAAGUCCUGCUGGGCAGAAAAUCCAGACCUGCGGCCUUCCAUUGAAGAAGUUUAUCAUCAAUAUAAAACAAUCUCAGGGGGAAAAAAACUCAACAUAGUGGAUUCUAUGUUCCGAAUGCUAGAGAAGUAUUCAAAUGAUUUGGAAGACAUUGUGAAAGAAAGAACACUGGAACUUGAAGAAGAGAAAAAGAAAACAGACCUUCUUUUAUUUAGAAUGUUACCACCAACUGUUGCUGAAAGUUUGAAGACAGGCAAAUCAGUAGAAGCUGAAAUGUUUACAGAAGUGACAAUUUACUUUAGUGAUAUUGUUGGAUUUACGACAAUCUCUGCCAUGAGUAAUCCAUUGCAAGUGGUUACACUUUUGAAUGAUUUAUACACCAUGUUUGAUUCUACUAUAGACAACUAUGAUGUGUAUAAGGUUGAAACCAUUGGUGAUGCGUAUAUGGUUGCUAGCGGACUUCCGAUUCCGAAUGGUAACAGACAUGCAGGGGAGGUUGGAACAAUGGCGUUAGAUCUUCUCAGCCAAUGUGGAAAAUUUACCAUACGACAUAUGCCGGAAGUACCACUGAGACUUCGUAUAGGAUUGCAUUCAGGGUCAUGUGUAGCGGGAGUGGUAGGCCUUACCAUGCCGAGGUAUUGCCUUUUUGGUGAUACAGUAAACACAGCAUCUAGAAUGGAGUCGACCGGUGCAGCUUUUAGGAUCCAUAUUAGUCAUACAACGAAAGUGAAACUUGAUGAACUGGGUAGUUAUAAAAUGUCUUACAGAGGAGAAGUCGAAUUAAAGGGAAAAGGACUGGCCAAGACAUUUUGGUUGAUAGGGAAAGAUGACUUUAACAAACCUCUUCCAGAGCCGCCUCCCUUGGACAGUGCAAAUAACCACGGAUUAGAAUCAGUGUUGUCAAAAGGUACACGUACCUCCACGAAGAUAAAGACAGUGAAAGAGCAACGUCCUGUUAGAUCUAAUUUGGAAGAGGCAAACCAUACCAUAAAAGCCGAAGAAAACUCACAUUUUACCAAACAUACUGUGGAACAGUCGAAUCAUGAGUUAGAAGCCAAACACAAUUCACUUGUGAAAAAAGAGGAUGUUCAAAUUAAUAACAAAACCACUAUACCUCCGGGUAAUGGUAUAAUAAAUGGUGCUAUGGAUACUACGUCUGACCAACUUAAUGACGUAACUGUUUCAAACUUAAAUUGUGACAACCUAAUUUCACAGGAAUCUAUUGACUUGAUACAAAACAAUCGUGAAGAUAAAGUAGUUCGUAACUGUUCCUCUGAUUCGUCCAUUACUACAAAAGUAUCAGUUAUGUCAGUCGAUAGCAUAGUGUCUUCUUCUGAUUGCGAAUUACGUUUGUUGAAAAGUUCAAGGUCAUCAAAAGACGAAUCUAACUCUCCGUUAUCUCCAGUGUCGGAAGUAUGAAAUACUUUAAAUAGAAUUCCAAUCAUUUUCAGGACUCCUCACUUAUCCAUCCAAAAGAGGUUACUUUGUUAUUUUUUUUUAUUCUGUGAUAAAUAAGAUGCAAUCUAUUUCCUGGGUAUGUUAACAUAUGGUAUAU